AUGGGCGAGACAACACAGAAAAAGCGUUAUGCUAUCGUCGGCACCGGUGGCCGAUCGGGCUUCUUCUACACGGCCAUCGCGAAGGACUACAGCAGCACUUCGGUUAUCGUUGGUCUCUGCGACACAAACCAGACGCGCAUGAACUAUGCCAACUCAAGAUUAAAAGAUCUCGGCCACGGCGAGGUCCCGACCUAUAUCGCGGCCAACUUUGACCAAAUGAUCAAAGAAACCAAGCCGGACGAGGUCAUCGUCACAACCAUGGACCGCACACACAACAUCUACAUCGUCCGGGCCAUGGAGCUGGGUUGCAACGUCGUCACCGAGAAGCCCAUGACCAUUGACGCACCCCGGUGCAGGGAGAUCUUCUCGGCGGUCGAGCGGACGGGCCAAAAGGUGCGCGUGACCUUCAACUACCGCUACGCGCCGCACAACACAAAAAUCUUUGAAAUCAUCAAAUCGGGCGCCAUUGGCAAGGUGACGAGCGUGCACUUUGAGUGGAUGCUCAACGAGAACCACGGGGCAGACUAUUUCCGCCGCUGGCACCGCGACAAGCGCAACUCGGGCGGCCUCCUCGUGCACAAGUCGACGCACCACUUUGACCUGGUCAACUUUUGGCUCCAGACGCGGCCGCAGACGGUCUACGCCCAGGGCGACCUCAAGUUCUACGGACGGGAAAACGCCGAGGCGAGGGGCGUGACGCGGUUUUAUACGAGAGCGCACGGGAGCGAGGCGGCCAAGGACGACCCGUUUGCCCUGCAACUGGACCAGAACCCGCAGCUCAAGGCCAUGUACCUGGACGCCGAGCACGAGGAUAGCUACUACCGUGAUCAGAGCGUGUUUGGCGACGGCAUCAGCAUCGAGGACACGAUGAACCUGCUCAUCCGGUACCGCAACGGUGCCGUAAUGACGUACUCCUUGACGGCGUACGCGCCGUGGGAGGGUUUCCGUGUCAACUUCAACGGCACCGGUGGGCGCCUCGAGGUUGAGGUUGUCGAGAAGAGCUACGUCAACUCGGGCGGUAGCCAGGCUCUGGAGGGCGCGAUUGAGAAGCGGACGAUGCUGCUUCGGCCGCUGUUCGGCCCUCCCCAGGAGAUCGAUCUCGGCGAGGCCAAGGGUGCUCACGGCGGUGGAGAUCUUGUCCUUUUGGCCGACUUAUUCGGUGAGCCGGUUUCUGAUGAGUAUAUGCGGGCGGCAAGCCACAUUGAUGGUGCCGCGUCGAUCUUGACUGGCAUUGCGGCCAAUCGAUCACUCGCAACUGGACAGGCUGUCAAUGUGGAUGAUAUCCUUGUGGUGCCGGAGAAAUGA